AUGCCACGCAAGGGACGACGCUCCGAGGCCGCCAAGAAGAGAUGGAGGACCCUGGACCUGGAGGACCUGCAGGGCAGCCAGCCGAACGUCGCCAAGCCCAGGACAUCGCCACCCACCGCGCAGGCUUGGACCCCCACCCAGUCUCCGGAGAAGAAGGUGGAGGGAACUCCGACUGAGAGGACCAGGCCAGCCCGUCGCCAGCCCAGGAGAGCCGCCCCCACGUUGGAGGUUGACGCCCCCGCCGAGUCUUCUCCCGUGCCUCUCGAGGACCAUGUCAGGGAUGACAGCUGCCAGGCUUCUUCGUUGGAACCCUGCGUCAGCGGUCCGCCUGUCCAGACUGUGAGGGCCACACAUUGCCAGGCUGACUACAGAUACGGUACAUUUUCCCGUAAUCACCAGUGCACCUGUAUGGCUCUGACAUUUUUAGCGUACCACAGUGAGGGGUUGCAGUGUGACACAGUGUUACUUGACAGAGUACUUGAGCAAGGAGAUGCAUUUUAUGUUGGCAUUAAACAGCAGCUCAUGUUGAAUGGUAGAUUUGUUGAUAAUCACUUGACAGUUGAAGAGAUGCCCCAACAAGUACUGACAGACGGGAACAUCUACACUGUACACACAACAGGUGUAAGAGUUGGUCAUGUUUUGUGUCAGAAUGAUAGCCCUCAAAGAUCACGGCGAAUGGGAUUGCCUCUUGCUUCACAACUAGAGUGUCUGUCUGAAAAUGUCACCCAUGCUUUUCUUUUGGUGACUCCAGAGUGCAUUGCAGUUUUCCGGUACAGAGACGGUAGGUUUGGAGUUUUUGAUUCUCACUCCAGAAACUCAGCAGGCCUGCCCCAUCCUAACGGAACUGCAGUAGUCAUGACCUUUAGCAACCUAACGCUCAUGGUUGAACAUCUGUACAAACUCUUUGAGAACCGUGGCCCCUAUGCCUUGUAUGAGUUUGUACCAGUAUCGUUUGUCAGCGACGACAUUGGUGAUGCCCCUCCUCCGGCCUUGAGCAAUCUGAAUAUUUCACCUGGAUCCACACAAGCAAGCCCAGGUGAUGAGAAACCAGAGAGCACUUCUGAUGAAGAGGAAAUGCCAGCUUGGCUUGCUGAAGUUGUAAAGAAGUCCGAUGUCAACCAACAGGACGAGAUGAAAAAGAUCAUGCAGGCCUAUUCAAAACAGUUAGUGCUCAAGAGUCAGUAG